AAUUGAGGGGUCCGUAGGGAUAAGGAGAAAAGGGUUUUCUCAUUUUCUUCUCUCUCUCGCUCUCUCUUUCAGCUCUUUUGAUGCUCAUCAGAGAGCGCAAAGUCUCUUCUUCUUAACACCCUUCUACCGCCGACUGCCCCUCCUCCGACCGUUCCGCCGGCCGGUGAAGGAAUUUUACUUGAGAGAAAGAGGGGCUUCUCUAGCAAUGGAUUCGAAUUCUUCUUCUCUAUCAUCACCACCACCGGCGGCUGCUGAUGUAGCAGCUGGGGCUCAGAACGGUGUCGUUCUUGUCCAGAAGGAGAAGGAUAAGGAGGCGGCUGCAGCUCCUGCCGCUGCUUAUUUGUCAAUGGUGGACCCUUUUUUGGUUGAGGCCCUGCAAAAUCCUCGUCAUCGUCUAACUAUUCUGCGGAUGGAGCUCGAUAUACAGAAGUUCUUGCAGAAUGGUGAUUUGCAGCAGUUUGAGUUCCAGCAUUUCCCCACUUCCUACCUACGUCUUGCAGCACAUAGAGUUGCUCAACACUAUGGUCUGCUGACUAUGGUGAAGGAUAAUCUUGUGGAUGGUCAGGGAACAAGAAUUUUGGUCAGGAAACAAGCAGAGAGCAAGUUUCCUGCUGUAUGUCUGUCAGAUGUCCCAGCUAAACUGUCAGAGAAUGAUAAAAAUGAACAGAUUAAAAUAGUCAUCAGGUCAAGGCCUACCAAAGCAUCUUCAAAUGACAGUGGUGAAUUUGGUUUAAAGCGCAGUCCUGUUAGAACUGUGGAGGAGAGAAAGGAGGAGUAUGACAGGGCACGUGCUCGUAUCUUCAGUAGUCAAAGUAGUUCUGAGUCAGAUGACAUCUUAACUCAAGUUUCUUCUGAUGGGAAGAAUUUAUGUUUGGGUGUGGAGGAUAAUGAAAAUUUGAAAAACUCAGUUGCUGAUUUUGAGAAGAGCUUUAUGAGCAGGGAAUACAGUGCAUCUUCGAGGGUGGCAAUUUUUAGGGACAGGGAGAAGGAUCGUACUGAUCCUGAUUAUGAUCGAAGUUACGAGAGGUAUGUGUUAGGAAUUUGGUCAUAUCAUAUCUUUAUGGAUGGCUAUGGUAUAUAA